CAGAAUUAUAUUGACACCGAUCCUGAAUCACAGGUAUAGAUAAGUCGUAAGCUUAGGAAACGAUUAACGAAUUUGGGAUUCUUUGAAUGUUGAACAGUGUGGAUAUCUAAAUUCUCUAUUAGUGAUUUCCUCAUUUAUUCAGAAUGGGUCUUUGGCUUCACUUGUCUUUGAUUUUGUUAUGCAUAAUAAUUCUGGCUUCAUCGAUUCCUACAUCAAUACAAAAACACGAGCUUGAAGAAACUGAUACUUUUGAAGGUCACCUGAUGGAAGAUGAGGGAUCACAAUCUCGAGGACGCAACUUGGGUAACAGGUCUGGGUCUAGGAAAAAUGAUUCAUCAUCAACUGGUGAACGACGAUCACAUAGACGUCGUAGAAAGCAUAAUCGACAUUGUGAACAACCAGGUCACUGUCCUGAAGGCGGUGGUGGUGCUAAUUGGCGACGACCACAUAGACGUGUGAAAAAACAUCGUACACGAUGCACUGCUGAUGUUGAUUGUCCAGAAGGUCAACUGUGUAAAGAACGUCGUCAUGGAGGCGGAGGACGUAAACAUCAAGCUGCCGGUCGUGAUGCUCCAUCAUCAACUUCCAACGAUGCAUCGUCAUCAUCAUCAUCAUCAUCGUCACAUAAUGGAUCAAAAGUUGGUGGAAAGAAAUUUUGUCGUGAACGAAAACAUCGUGGAAUACACCGAAAAUCGGGAUUUUUGUAAUUCAUUGGUAUCAAGGAAAAAACAUUUCAUUCAAAUCAGUUUAUACUAAUUCAUAUAGACAAAUUAUCAUCUCCUUUAUAUAAUACAUACAUGCAUACUUGAAUUACUUACUACUUCCUUGUUUGUUUGUUCGGUUUUCCCUAAAAAAUAAUUUUAUUCCGAAGAAUAAAACAUAAACCACUUUAUAUUAUUCAUCGAUUUUUUCUCUUAAAGAAAUCAAUACGUUCUUAUUGAUCGUGUUUAUUAUUAAUCCUCGCGUUUCAUGUUUUUAAUCGAUCAUCAAGCAUUCAACUUCUUUCUCCUUACACUGUUUGUUAUUAUUAUUAUUUAUCGCUUUUGUCUUUGACAAUUUUAUUUCAAUUAUGUUUUGGCGCAUUUUGUUUUUUUCUUAAAUUUCUAUAAUAUUUUGUUUUAACCAAUCUCUUUUCUUUUUUGUUCAUUGAAUAAUUAAUUGUGUGUGUGCGCGCGCCCAUUAUUAAUUGUUGUUUCUUAUAUAGUUUGUUUUAUUAUACCAUAUCUAAUUCAUUCAUUCAUUCUUCAUUGGAAACAUUAAAUUAUUCAAUGUUGUCAAUAUAAAAAUAUACAUAUAUAAUAUAUACGAUAA